AUGUCUCUGCUCGCCGCCGUGCCCGUCGCUGCUGCAUCAGUUGCGACGGGAGCAUAUCUGAAUGCAAAGCUACGACUCUCAUCAGACUACCACUUCUUGAGCAGCUUCGCAAUUGCGAAAAGAGAUUUCAACCAACGACUGCAGAAAGGCAGGGCCAAUCUAUUCUACAAACUCGAAGAACAUGUCGCCGAUCCCAAGAUCGCCAACGAGGUCUUCCUCAUCUACGAAGGGAAGAGCUGGACGUUCAAGCAGUACUACGACAUUGUGCUGCGCUACGCAGGCUGGCUACAUAAAACACAUAACGUCGUUGCUGGCGAGAUCGUGGCACUGGAUUUUAUGAAUGGUCCUGCUUUCCUCUUUCUGGUACUGGCAGUGUGGUCGCUAGGCGCAUCCCCAGCUUUCAUCAACCAUAACUUGACUUCCAGGCCACUGAUUCACAGCGUCAAAGUCUCGUCCGCACGUAUUCUCAUCCUCGAUCCAGAAGUCGCUGCUCGAGCCCUCACACCUGAAGUCAAGGAAGCAUUUUCAACGUCGAAUUUCAGAAACAAUGCGUUCCCACUUGAGAUCGCUGUCCUCGAACAAGGUCUCGAGAAGUCGCUCAACUACUUUCCUCCCUACAGAGCGCCUGAUGCAGCACGAGACAUCAGUAAGCCUUCUGCCAUAUCCGUGCUGAUGUACACCUCUGGAACGACCGGAAUGCCAAAAGCUGCGAUCGUACCAUGGGCAAGACUUGCAAUAGCUGGAGAUUUGACUGCUAGACUCAUGGAGUUGCGGUCUGUCAAGCAGAAAAAGCCGGAUCGGUUCUAUACCAGCAUGCCGUUGUACCAUACGACUGCGUUCACCCUAGGAUUCAAUGCCUGCUUUCAGCGUGCCAUUACCAUAGUCGUCAGCCGAAAGUUCUCAGUCUCCAAAUUCUGGCCUGAAGUCAGAAGCACUAAUACCACUGUCAUACAAUACGUGGGCGAAACACUGCGAUACCUUCUGGCCGCCCCGCCAUCGCCAGAAGAUAAGAAUCACAAAGUGCGCAUGGCGUUUGGAAAUGGAUUACGACCUGAUGUCUGGAAGCCCUUCAAAGCUCGAUUCGGUAUUCAAACCAUAGCUGAAGUAUACGGCGCUACAGAAGGCGUAGGAGCUACCUGGAACUUCAACAGGAACGAAUUCACGGAUGGUGCAAUAGGAUCUGUUGGUGCGAUCGGACAAUUUCUUGCAACUCGAGGCCAAGCUAUUGUGAGGGUCGACUGGGAUACCGAGCAGCCGUGGCGUGAUCCCAGCACCGGUUUGUGUCAACGAGUCCCUCGAGGCGACGUUGGUGAAUUGUUACUUGUGUUAGAUGCUUCCACGCUACAAGACAGCUUUCCGGGGUACUUCGGCAACAAAACUGCCACGAGUAGCAAGGUUCUACGAAACGUGCUGAAGGAAGGUGAUGCUUACUUCCGUACUGGUGAUACUGUCCGCUUUGAUAAAGAAGGUCGAUUAUGGUUCAACGAUCGUAUAGGAGAUACUUUCAGAUGGAAGAGUGAGAACGUAUCUACUGCUGAGGUUGGUGAGGUACUCGGGUACCAUCGCUCUGUGCAUGAAGCAAAUAUCUAUGGUGUCAAAGUUCCUGGAUACGAAGGUCGUGCAGGAUGUGCGGCUGUCGUGCUGCGUCAGGACGCUCUCCAAAGUCUCAACACUCCGAAACCCGAAGUUCUAGAAGGUCUAGCCACUUAUGCCUCGAACUCGCUGCCCAAAUAUGCAGUACCACUCUUUAUUCGGGUUGCACACAAGCUGGUCCUGACAGGCAACAACAAACAGCAGAAGACCGAACUCAGAAACCAGGGCAUCGAUCUGCGAGCUAUCAGAGGUUCUGGCAGCUCUGACAAGAUGUACUGGCUGAAGCCAGGAAGUGAUCGCUACACAGAGUUCACCACUCAAGACCUGGAAUCGCUCGAAGCGGGCAAAGUCAGAUUGUGA